CCCAGGCCCCGGUCCGCCGCCUCGCCCGCCCUGUCGUCGACACCUUCGUCGACGGCGUCGCCCUCGCCGUAUCUUCUGUACGACGAGGAAGCCUCGGCGGCGGACCCCAGGGCCUUCCAGGACGACGGACGCACCCCCGCCGGAGGCGCGGGACUCGCCGGUUACUGGCAACACGCGGCCACCACCGCUGCCGCCGCCAGUUACUGGCCAUCCCUACUCGACUGCUGGACGUCGCCAUCCGUCGCCAACGGACCCCAGCAGCUGGCCCUACCGAGGGAUGAAAACCGCGGUCUCCAGUAGGACGGAAUUUUUUUAUUUUCAUUUCUUCUUUUCCCUGCAAUUCGGUUCGAACUAUGCCGGAUUAU